CCAGGCUGGGGCGAGGCGGCGUCGGGCGAGCCGCAGCCAUGCAGCGCGCCGAGUGGGACGAGCAGAGCGAGCUGCGCGAGCUGAACUGCCGCCUGCGCGACUACGUGCUGCGGGUGCGGGCGCUGGAGGAGGAGAACGGGCGCCUGGCGCGGGAGCUGGCGGCGCUGCGCGGAGAGGAGCACCGCGCGGAGCGCCUGCGGGCGCGCGAGGAGGAGGUGGCCGAGCUGCGGCGGGCGGUGGCCGAGCUGCGGCGGGCCGGCGGGGAGGCCGAGCUGGAGCGGGAGGCGCUGCGGCGGGAGCGGGCGCGCUUGGAGGCGCUGGGCGCGCAGGUGCGGGAGCUGCGCCUCCGCCGCCUGGAGCCCGAGGCGGGCGAGCUGCGGCGGGAGCUGGAGCGCCUGGCCGCCGACUGCGCCGCCCUGGAGGCGCUGCUGGAGCGCCUGCGGGCCGAGCACCGGCGCCUGCGAGAGGAGCAGCGGCAGCAGCAGCAGCAGCAAGUAAGGCACCGGCACCCCUCGAGGCUCCUCGCCCUGCCGCCGCCGCCCGCCCCGAGCCAGCGGGAGCUGGAGGACUCCUUCGCGCUGGUGCUAAGCUGGAGCUGCGAGCAGAGCCUGGAGCGCUACGAGGCCGAGCUGCGGGCGCUGCAGGAGCUUGAACAGCGCCUGGGCGCCGGGAAGGAGGCCGAGCAGCUGCGCCUUCACAGCGAGCGGAGCCGCCGCCACCUGGAGGAGCUCUGGCGGCAGGGGCAGGAGCUGGCCGCGCUGGGCGAGCGGCUGGAGCAGGAGCGGCUGGCGCAGGUGGAGCGCCACGGCGCCCAGCGCGGCGAGUACCAGAUGAUAAUUGAAGCCCUGGAAGAAGAAAAGCGGUUCCUAACUGUGUCUAUCGCAGAGUACCUAAAGGACUACCACGAACUCCUGCAGGUGAAAGCAGGUCUCAGCCUUGAAAUUGCAACUUACAGAACUCUGUUAGAAGGAGAAAGCAGCCAAUGGAUUCUUUUAUGGGAAAAAGAACACGGAAGAAAAGCGCCCCAAGGUGUCCGAGAUGUACUUCAUGAGUAUAGCAACCGCUACUCAGCUUAUCGACAAGAGAAAGGAAAGAGAGCUUUUCCAGCAAUCCAAAAUGUUGACACAAGAUAUAAAACCCCGAUCGCAAAUAUGAGCAGCUCUGCAGUUUAUUCAUCUCGAACAAAACCCAGCAGAAUUCAGACAGCUGCUCCUGGGAAAACAUUAAGGAACGAUGCCCUCUGGUUAGAAUACCGUCCUUCAACAGCUAUUAAAAAGGACACAACUCAUCAGAGAACAGUGACAGACCAGAGACAGGUCCGAACUUUUAUUCCAUCUUCUGUUACUAGCCGAGAAAGGGAAUUUCGGCAGAGAACAUUGCCAGAAAGCAAGAAAGCUGAAGCUGUAAUUACAGCAAAAGAAUCAACAGAAGUCCAGAAAGGUACAACAAUCACCAAUACUUUUGAGAAUGCCAAACCAAAAGUAAUGGGUGUUUCUACGACAUCUUACAAUCUGAAUUCCAGUUCUAAAGAAACUAAAUAUGAGAGAAUCCAAGAAGGAACUGAUGCUCAAGUGAAUGAACAAAUCAGGGAAGUGAAGGUAAUGAAAGAGGAGAAACCAUUUUUGUUACCAGGAAGAGAUGAAAAGGAAAGAUCAGCCAGGAAAGUGACUGAACCUGUCCCAGCAAAGACGGAAAAGAAAUUGGUUGGAGCUGAAACAAAGGUUAGCUUUGAAAAGAAGAUGGAAGUUAAACAUGGGACAGAGGAGGAAAAGUAUACCGUGAAAGAGCCAAACCUCAAUUAUAGUAAAAAGAAAGUCAACCUUACAGAAGAUGAAUCACCCAAGGAUGGAAAAUAUGUAAAAUGGGAAGAACGCAUUAGAGUUGAUACAUCAGGAAAAGAUUUGCCAUCGGAUAUAAAGAUGGAUAAAAGUAGUUCAUUUCUGUGGGAAAAAAAUGUGACAACACAAAGCCGAGAAGCAGCUGAGAUACCCGUCCUUUCUGAUGUGCAUAGUCAAGAUCAACUGUUUAAAAAUAACAAAACAGAAAUAACAUUACAAGAGUCAAAACCUUCUGUAGGUAAACAAAAAGUUGACGCCACACCUAAGUUGUCCAGAAAUAUCCCAGAAAGAGAAUUGAACCAAGAGAGAGUAAGUAAAGAAGGAAGCCCUACAAUGGAUACCUUACUUACAGAAAGCAUAGCAGAAAAUAUUGUAUCUGACAUUCUUAAAGGUUUUGUGCAGAAAUCUGAUUCGGGUCUUCCCCUUGAUACCAAAUUUACUUUCUUGGAAAAGAAAGUUUCUGAGGACGGAAAAGCAAAGUCUGAGGUCACUGUGCAGUCUACAGUUCAGGAAGACCUGAGCAUUUCAGACGAAUUUGAUCUGGGACGUUUCUUAAAGAAAGAUGUUAAGGGAGUGGGAGAUACUAAGGAAGUUUUAUCAGACGCUGUGUUAGAAGACAUCAUCAGUGCUGGAUUGAAAGGACGGGAGGGCCAAGGAAAAAGAACUGUUCAAGUUGAGAUAGUUGAGGAGCCGGUAGAAUGUGCCGCUGAUGAAAGAACAGAAUUUCCAACACCAUUUGAAGUGGAAGAGGCGGAAGAUACAUUGCCCGGUAUGGCAGGACAUCUUUACUACGGGGGUGAGGAGAAGGCUACCACAAGCGCUGCUCAGGAUCUUAAACGACAACAACCCAGUGUGAUUGUGUCUCAUGUAGAAGAAGUUUCUGAAGGGGAUGAUGUCGUUGAUGAAGGAAAAUAUUUCGUAUCAACUCCAGAAGAACACCCCUUGAUUCAUGAGAAAGAUGACAGCUCCGUAUAUGGACAAAUCCACAUUGAAGAGGAAUCCACGAUUAAGUAUUCGUGGCAAGAUGAAUUUCUUCAGGGAGCUCAGAAAAGGGUCAAUGAAGGCAUGGGUUCACCAGAACUUAUAUACCAGGUGAUGGGGGGAGAAGAAAGUGCCUUUGUUUCCAAGGACGAGCCCCCAGUGGAGCACAUAGCACAUGCUGAAUCCAUCGUUAUUGAGAGAGAAAUUAAAAUACCACACGAAUUCCAGACAUCAAUAAAGAGUCUGUUUUCUGAGGAGUCGAAGGACCCUAAACAUCAGCUGAAAGAAGCAUUGGAAAAGCUGGAAGACAACCUUCCAGAAAGCGUCAAACAAGAGCUCUCUGCACUAACCAAAGAGGGCCAAGCAGAAUCAAGCAGUUUGGAAGUCGAUAUUAAAAAAGUGGAGCAGACCAAAAAAGGGGGGUUGGUCACUAUAGUUGCCGAAGUCAGCCUGUCCGAGACACUAGACCUUGACCAGUUUAACUCAGGAUAUCUUGGCGAAGGCCUUGCUGUUGAGAGAGAGUCGCCAACACAGUUCUCGGCUACAUAUGAUACUGAUGAACACAUGAAGCCAGAGUCAGAAAGCUACCAUGAUGGUACACGUAAACUUGAAAUAAUAGAAGUUGCUUCCACACCGUGGACUACGCAAGCGGUUUCUAGCUCAGCUAAAUUAAGCAGCAGUGGCGGAGUGAAAUCUCCUACCAGUGAACGAGUUGUCAGCGAAGGCCCGGUUUUCAAAAAUUUGGGACUUGACAGCAGAAGCGACCCGUCUCACUUGCAAGGGCCAUUCGAUAUUAACAGAUCUGUUCGGCAAAUUAUAGUCGGCCCGACAGAAAUCCACAGAACGGAGGAAGUCCUGCAUGAAGGUCCUUUUUCCAAAACUCUGGAAUUUGGUUCAGGUGAUUUUGAGGCAGGAGGAGCAUCAGCAGGCGUCAGCCGAUCUGUACAAGAAUUCACACUUGGUCCUGAAGAGACUCAAACAGAAGAAAUAACGUAUAGAGGGCCUGUUCGUAAAACAGUGGGAGGUCCUGAAAACCCUAGUCAGGCACAGUUUUCAGCUGAUAGUAAAUCCACUAAGCUUGUCAUGUUGGGCUCAAAGCAAAUUAUUGAAGAAACAGUUUUUGAGGGGCCGGCUUCUGACUUUUCGCUAGAUGAUAAUAGCUGGGUGCCCUCUCAAACGAAAGGGCUGGAGGAAACUGGCAGAUCGGUGAGACACAUUCGAAUAGAUCCGAAAGAGGUCCGUACUCAGCAAGUAGUUUAUGAAGGUCCUCUUUCUGAAGUUGUAGAGCACAGUAGUGCUGGUGACCGUAUUUCAGUUAAUGAGUCUGUGAGGCACAUUAAGGUGGGACAGAAAGAAACACAAGCCGUGUAUGAAGAAUCUUCUACUACGGAAACUGAACCUAGUCAUGAUCUGGACUGGCUUCUCAAGGAAGGGAUGCUAGAUACUAAUUCCACCGUCAGACAUAUUAAGGUCGCUCCCAAAGAAUCAAUGACAUCGGAGCAAAUUAUUUUCAAAGGGCCCAUUUCCAAACAACACUUAGAGUUUAGUGAAUCUGGACAAAUGUUCUCUUCUGAAGGGUCAGCAAGGCACAUUACAUCGGGGCAGAAGGAUAUUUGGAGCAAUGAACGUGUUUCAUAUCAAGGUUCUGUUUCCGAAUCUUCUGGUAUCAGCUCUGCCGGGGAAGAUACUUUAGAAACGGAAGGGCCUACAGAGAUCAGUCGGUCGGUCAGACAUAUCAGACUGGGCCCUGUCGAAACUCAUGCAGAACAAAUUGUAUUCCAAGGCCCUAUUGGAACUGUGGAGCUUUCGCCAACAGAUGGACCACCAGAAAACAAAUCUCUUGGGCACAUCAAGAUAGGACCUAAAGAAACAUCCUUUACCUUUCAGAUGGAUGUAACUAAUGUAGCAGGAGGAGGACAAGAAGCUAAAUUUUUGUUAUCAAAUACAAAAGAUCAGCCGGAGGAUGCAGCCAAGGGUAGCGAGAGAGAGGCCCAAACUGAAGAAAGAUCAGAGAAGUCAGCAUUCAAUCGCACUGUUCAGCUGCAAAGGAUGGUAGACCAAAGAUCCGUGGUUUCUGAUGAAAAGAAAAUUGCUCUUCUCUACCUGAAUGAGAAUGAAGAGGAAGAGGAGGAGGAUGGACCUUGGUUCUGAAAAGAAGAUUUUCAUGCAAUGUUUACCCUAUGUGUUUGCUGUUAAUAUAUAGCUGACUAAACAACGGGACACCUUCGUAAUGCUGAAAGAUUUUGAAUAUAUUUUCUUACACAACAGCAUACUAAUAUAUUUUUGCAGGGUUCCUCGAAUGCAGGUGUGUUUGCUUUUCAAGCCGUGACAUCAGAUUUUCUUUGACUAAUGUUGUGAUGUCUGAAAGCCUACCUUCUUUUCAGAAAGUUGCUCCCCCCUUCUCAGAUUGUAUUUGAGUAUCUCUCUUUUUAAAAAAUCAAUUUCAUUUCAGUUAUAAAAUAGCAGGUUGCAAAAACUGGGGAUGAAGGCACAGUCGUGCUUCAAAAUCUAUUCAUUCUACAGUAGUCAUGUUUAAGUCCGUCAGGAUAGAUUUCGAAUGAAAGUGUUUAAGAGUUGCAGCCAAAAAGCUGUGACUGGCUGAUUGGUUUUCAAAUGCAACAGGUUAUGCACGAUUUGGGGAUAACGUUGUAUGAUUGCAUAUUCUACACAGGAAGCUGCCUUAUACCAAGAGUAUAAUCUACUCUGGUAGGAGCUGUCCAGGGUUUCAGUUAGAGGGUUUUCUUGUUAUCUGCUCCCAAACCCAGGACCUUCUGCAAUGUAAAACAGAUGCUGUACCACUGAGCCGUGGUUCCUCCCCUGUUGUACAAAACCUGCUCAGAAUUAAACAUGAAACAUAAAUAAGCAUUGACUAGUGUUGCCAGAUAGCCUGCCAGCCCUGGUAGUCACUCUACUCAUACAUUUCAGAAGGAAAUGACCAAAUGAAUAAAAGAAAGCGGGAGCACAAAGAUGGGGUGAUACAGUUUUUUGGGGGGGAGCCUUAUUUUUAACACAUGCACACACGUUAUCUAGUUUCUUCACCAGAAAGGAGAUUAUUAGAAGCAUGUUGCAGAAGUAUUAUUAAUACCAUUUUUAUUAGGAUAUACUUGCCACCUUUUAUACGGACAUUGCUGCUGCAUCCUUAGCUGUAGCCUGACAAAUUAAAUUGGUGAAUUUUUCCACCGAUGCUCAUCUCCGUUUCUGUGUGCACAUGGAGUUAAGCGCUCAGGCUUGGAGGAGCUUCCAUCUGGUCAACUUGGAUGUCAGGUUGCUGCUGAAGUCAUGGGGCCAGUAAAAAGGGAGCUGCCUCCCUCUUUACAGUGUAUCUCACCAAACACUUUGUCUGCACUGUUUGCAUUCAUUGCCAUGAGGUUGUGGUAUAGCAGCACUUAAACGAUCUCCCAUGUAUCCUGUAUUAGAGCAUUUUGUAUCCAUCUCCCACAGGCCAUGUAGUCACAAUAAAGGGUGUUAGAGCUUUUUCUUUUUUAAAUACACACAAUUAAACCCAGUCCUCUCUGCAGUGGUUUCUGGCCAGCAAAAUACAAACAAAUGCACAAGGUGCGUCCAAAGUCUGAAUUACUUUAUUUGUAUUUUUCAUCUUGCUGAUACGCAGCAGGUAUUGAAAUGCACUUUAAAAAUGUAAGCUCGUUCAGCUAAGCGAUUUAUAAUUUGUGAAAGUUGGGGAGAAGAGCAAAAAAAAAAAAAGGAAAGAAAGAAAGAAAGUCCAAACAAGAUUGCAGUUUGGGAUAUAAACGAAGCAGAUCUCUGCUGAUCCAAAUCGAGGUUCCGUAUAGUUCAGUCUGUGGGAUCCAUUCGAAGCAGUGGAUUGUUCUUUGACUGGCAAUGACUCUGCAAAGGUCUUAUGUGAAAGUUUUGGCUGGUCCUGCCAUCUGUGAUCCUUUAACAGGAGGUGCCAGGAAUUGAACCCGGGACCCGGUGUGGCCAGAUUAUGUUCUGUGUUACUGAGCUACGGUUCUUCACAGCAAGAGCCUAUGUGGGGCAGAAUGGGUAAAUUUUGUACUUGGGACGUUUAAAGUUGGACAUGCCAUUGUGGAUAUAAACUUUUAAUUUUAGGAAUAUUUUGUUUUACCGUUUGAGUUUUUUACAUCUGUAACUGAAUCAGUUUUCAUAUAACCCUAUCAGCAUGCGCUGGUGCUUACUUGAUUUUUUUAAAAAAAUAAUCUGGAAACAGUACAGUUAACAAGUCUAAGAGGCCGCACAUAGAUUAAAAAUUCUAUAUUAGUAUAUAUCAAAAUGCACUUCCAGUUUAACAGUUGUGUUCUAAAUAGCCUGAAGCGAAAAAAAAUAAUAGCGUUGUCCUGAGCAAUCCAUAAACAGGGUUGGAUCAAAUGAAUUCAUUUAUGGAAGAUGAACCCUAUAGAGUUUUGGGGAAAUUAUUUUAUUCUAUAUUUAUAUGCUUAAGGGGCUUACCUCAGAAGUAGAGCACUUUUUUCCCUUUAAUGCUGCAAACUUAGGCAUGCAUUGGAAGUAAAUUCCGUUUCAAUCCUUGAGGGUUUCCUCCAAGGCAGUGCGCUUAAUACACUUUACAGUAACACAGGUCCCGGUCCAGUUUAGCCAUAAUGGAAAUUGCGGCUAAUUUGUUCUGUUUCUUUCAAUAGUACUUCAGUCACAACUAACUAUAGCUGGAUUGGGAAGUGGUCUUGAAAUGUUAAGUUUUCUGUGCAAGUGGUGUAGAGAGGGAAUUUGUUUGAGUUCUGUGUGAGAAUGGCAGCUCUUUAUACUCUACGGAUUGCUAGAGCAGGCGAUUUUAAAGGCAUCAGAUAUGUUGAAAUGGGGUGGGUUAUUGACACGUGGGACUUAAAUGGCCAUUUUUGCCCCAGUCAGUUACGAUGUGUGUGUUUCCUGUAAUGGUUUAAUCUAUUGUGAAUUUGCACUUUUUCCUGUCAAGUAUUAAACAUUGGCAAUUAA